CACGCCCAUGACAAUCUAGCAAUUCCGCUCCGCUGGUCUCGCCUUGAGUUUCCACCUACUUCAUACAGACAGCUACAGACGAACGAGUGCGUGGAGUUUUCACAGGUAUUGAAGGCAUCAAGGAGUGCGAUACCUUCUUUCCCCUCGGUUUUCUGGAUGCAUCAUUCUGUUAUGGAUUGUCGGGCCACAUAGAGAUAAAGAGAGUUAGUGGACUUGUGGCACCGAUUGUGAUAUUCAGCCCGGGGAGUUCCUUGCACAUUCAUUUACAUACAUACUAUACUUGGAAGUGGUUGGGGCCCUAUUCCAUUGUUCGACCUAAAACUCGUUUCUUACCUCUUAACUGCGUGAGACGUUACGAUCGCAUCUUCUAGCAACUACCUAGUGGUCAAAAAUGUUGUGCGGAGUUCGCUCUGCCGUGAUUUUUGCGGCCAUUUACAUUUCCACCCAUUGUGUUCAAAGUGAACGGACCUUUAGUUUUCCUGACGAGCCCGAAAAUCCUCCCAAUGCUGCCAGAUUCAAUCAAGGAAUCUCUCAACUUGUCCAACAAAGCCCAGACGCCAACGUUAAUGUCCAUAGCGGUCAAAUAUUGAGGCUUCGUGGAGGCCGUGGUCCAAGCUUGGGUUUCGUGGAGCUAUUUAUUAACGAGAAUUGGCAUCUGCUUUGCGAUGGAACCAAAUCAUUUGACGACCAAGAGGCCACAGUGGCUUGCCGUCAAUUGGGGUUCCUUCAAGGAGCCAUACAUUACGACCAUGGGAACAGUACGGUCGGGGAUCUCCAAUCCCUGUUUGCCGCCAACAAGAUCCUCAAUUCUGAGGUGUACUGCAAGGGCGAAGAGACCGACCUUACCUCGUGCUCCUGGCAACCGAGCCAAGCACAAUGUGAUCCGGAACUCUUCGCAGUUAGUCUUGUUUGCACCAAACCUUCAUACGCUCUCUGUCCAGGACAAGAUGAACCAUUCCAGGAUAGUUGUUACACUAUCUACAACGAACCCAAACAAGAUUUUGCUCAAGCUCAAGAGACUUGUCAACAGAACGGUGGCUAUCUACUUCAGAUCGAUUCUCAAGAAGAAAACGACUUUCUGUACGAAUGGCUGAGGUCCAAAAACGUCGAACUGGCUGAAUUUUGGACUGGAGGAAUGAUCAACUCAGUGGCCAACAGAAACUUCUAUACGUGGUUCCACACACAGAGCCCUAUUAUGUUCCAAAACUUCAUCGUACAUCCUAAUAGCGUCUCUGAUAUACGACAAGAAUCUCGUGGAAUUGCUGUGAGGAAGGAUCAGCAAUAUAUGUUCUGGUUUGCAACCAAUUUCGCCAAUAGCAUGUCCUUCAUCUGUGAGGCUCCUCAAUUGGAAGUAGGCUGCAUCAACGAAUAUGGAGCCAACUACAAUGGAACUGCCAAUAGGGGAGAGAGUGGACGGAGCUGCCUUCCUUGGAACACACCAAAUUUGCAGACAAUCUUCGAAGGACAAGACGAGUGGACGCACAACUUCUGCCGAAAUCCAGAUGGUCUGGAGGAGGCACCCAUUUGCUUCAUAAAUGAGGAGGAAUAUGACUACUGUGAGAUCCCCAAAUGCGAUGAGGUCAAUCGACGAGACACACGUCUCCCUGUAGAAUGCCCUCCGAAUGGAUACUCUAAUAUUGCAAGAGGUGUGACACCUUCUGAUAUUGCAGGAUCCCAGCAAAGACGACGGGGUCGAGUUCCAAGUGGAAAUCUGGACGAGGAGUUUCAUCAAUGUGGAAGCAAGGAACAAUUCCUUUGCCAACCUGGAGAAUGCAUCUUCAAUGCAUUUGUCUGCGAUGGUGAGGUCGAUUGUGCCGGAGGUGAAGACGAAGAGAACUGCAUGGAAUAUACGCGACUAUUCGACGUCGAGUCCGGCUUCAAGCUAACCAGUCAAGAGGAAGUGUUUCAAAAUGCCACCGUGGAAGAGUGUGCUAAAAUUUGCAUGAAAUCCAAGCACUGCACGUGCACUUCAUUCUCUCACAACCCGCAGAAGAACCGAUGCCUCAUUGGCAACAGGUAUUCUGGACUUUCUCCAUAUGACGCCUUGAUCGAGCGGAAAAAUUGGAAUUACUACAAAUUGAACGGGUCCUCAAACAAUGGAUGCAAUCGCGUUAAGCGUCCGGCUUUCACUCCUUUUGAAGCCAUCCGUUUGAUAUCUUCACGCGAGGCUGAUGUUGUCGAGGUGAAAACGAACGGGACUUGGGGAGGCGUUUGCGACGAUGGAUUUAGUUUCAACGAGGCUCAUGUUGUUUGCCGACAACUUGGAUACGAAUUGGGAGCUGAACAGGUUAUCAAUGGACAAGGUGCGGAUAGGGACUUGCUGCACCUUUUCGACUUGACUUGCAAUGGCGAUGAGAAGCAUAUUACUGAAUGCCAGUUCAAGGACGAUACAUCGUAUCGGAACACUUGCAUGGGAAACGAGAAAGCCGGAGUUAGGUGCCGUAAAACAUCAAAAACUUGCGAGGAACAUGAAUGGCAUUGCCAAGACAAAGAGUGUAUCCAUGUGAAUAACUUGUGCGAUGGAAUCCCAAACUGCAAAGAUGGCAGUGAUGAAGACUCGGAGAUGUGCUCAAUUCCUCUACAAGUCAGGUUGGCUGAUGGUGAAUCAGACAAUUCAGGAAGAGUGGAGGUGCGACACAAGGGGAUUUGGGGAACUGUCUGCGAUGACCAUUUUGGUCAAAAGGAAGCACAAGUUGUUUGUCGGAUGCUGGGAUUUGGUUCAGCUCUUGGGCAGGUUUACAACGGCACCACUUAUCUUGGGGCCGAUCAGGGUCCAGUGUGGAUUCGCCUAACUCAGGAUGACGUGUGUGAUGGGACCGAAGUCAGUUUGGAGCAAUGUAAAUCUCGUGAUCUAUGGGUUCAUGAUCAUUAUUGCAAUCAUGCAGAAGAUAUUGGCAUAACCUGUCUGGAUGUUGAGACUCGAGCCCUGGAAAAUCCUUCGAGCAUUUCUCAACCCGAUGAUCGGCCCCAACAACUGUCGUUGAGGAGUGUGGGUGUACAAGAAGAACCUCAAUGCGGACAGGUUCAAGUCAAUCUUCGAGAUAGCGAGAGUGAAGCUGAACCUCGAGUCGCGGGAGGUCGCCGUUCUGAGCCUGGAGCUCACCCAUGGCAAUCCAGUAUUCGGGUGAGAGGGAAAGAUCGAACCUACCAUUGGUGUGGAGCAGUGAUUAUUUCUCGAUUUCACGUCCUCACUGCCGCCCAUUGUCUGCGGGAGUUUCCAAAGUCUUCCUACCUUGUCAGGACCGGAGACUAUGCCAUCAAUGUUAUUGACACCAAUGAGGCAGAGUACUUGAUCGAUCGGAUUGAUAUUCAUGAGAACUAUAACAUUGGACCCUAUUUGAACAACGAUUUGGCCGUGAUCACGAUUAAAUCAAACAGCCCCAACAUAUCGGGUAUCGAAUUCAACACUCACGUCGCGCCAAUUUGCCUUCCUCCGGACACAUACAUCUACGCAGCAAGCCUUAACGUAACCAUCAGCGGAUGGGGCAAAAUCGGCUUCGAUGGGAUUGAAGGCUCACCGCAACCAAGAACCAAGCUUGGUGGAGUAGUCCACCUACAAGAAGCGGGUGUCCCCAUACUCACACGGGCAGAGUGCUCAGCCGAGAACGUCUACGGGUCCACGGGUCGUCUGAGUUCUGGCAUGUUUUGUGCCGGCCAUCUUGAUGGCAAUGGUCCGGAUGCCUGCCAAGGAGAUUCGGGAGGGCCAGCUGUUGUGAACAUGAAUGGCGCCAAAACCCUUGUUGGUAUUACUAGCUGGGGUUAUGGAUGCGGCCGUGAAAACAAACCCGGUGUAUACACGAAAAUAUCUCAUUAUGUGGAUUGGAUUCGCAGCAAAACCCGCACUUACCCGUCCAAAUGAAAACAAGAGCACAAAACGCGCUCAUACCCAGUGUCAAUAAUGCAACCGUCGAUUCUCAGCCGUGUUUAAAAUAUGUUUUGUUUGUAUGUAUGCUUGUGUGCAAAAGGAAACUAAUACCUAACUAACCAGACAACAUCCCCUGUUCAGUAUUCAACAUUCCACGAUUCUUGUAACAAACUAACUAUCAAAUAAAUUCCCACCCAACACCAA